AUUAGCACAAAACGAAAAAUCAAAAUCAUCUCUCUUCUCUCCCCUCUAUAAAAAAACCGUCUCUUAGAUAAAUACCUCCAUUGAACAAUCAGUGACGUUUUUCACCUCGAUCUAUAAUGGAUUCGCAAGACCUUAAGCAACGAACUACAACGCCGGCCGCCAUUACCAGUGACGAAUCUGACGAUAGCAAGAAAGACAAUAAAUGCGACAAUCGGAGAAUUUCAAUGGCCAAACGCGGCCUUAGGUCACUAACCAUUGGGGUUUCGAUCCCGGUUUCUCUCACCCUCUUGGCGAUAUACUUGGGCUCCGGUAAAGGGUAUCGGACUGAAACGGUGCCGUUUUGGUUCCCGCCCCUUGCGGUUCUGCACUCUGCUUCCGUGGCUUCCAGUUUCUUCAUGGGUGUCUCAGCUUGGCUAGUUUGGGCCGAAGGUGGGUUCCACAGGAGAUCAGACGUUGUUUAUCUUUACUGGGCUCAGCUGGGCUUAAGCCUGCUUUGGGAUCUGCUUGUGUUCUGGGCUGGAUUGAGUUGGCCCGGAAUGGUUUUGGUCAUGGCGAUGUUUGGGUCUCAGGUGGCUUGUUAUAAGGCCUUUAAGGAGGUCAAUCCAUUAUCUAGUCAAGUUUUGAAACCAUGUCUAGCUUGGACUGCUUUUUUAACAAUACUGAAUCUUAGAUUAGUAUUCCUUUGAAGUUUUACAGCACUUUUGGUUUUUUUACAUGUUGUGUUUGUAUAAAUGGUAAAUAAUACCAUGUUUUGGUUUGGAUGCAAUGUAUUGUAAAGAGAGAGGUAAUAGUAGAUUUUGUUUGUUUACUUUUUACUCACUUGGACAGUCUUGUGAAGUUGUAAAAUAAAGAAAAUGUAUUUAGCA